GAAAAAACCAAACCCAACUCUAUCCUGCUUUCUUAUUGGUUCACUAUGUCGGCAGCUCUGUUUCUUGAGUUGGGUUUCUGAUUCUUGAUCUGGGUUUUCAAGAUUUUGAUGUGGGUGUUUGGAAAUUUAUGGGAAGCUAGCUAAAGAUGGGUUCUUUGGAAAGUGGGGUUCCAUUGAAGAGAGACCCUCUUCUUCGCUCGUCUUCUAAUGGUGGCAGAAGUAGUGACAGGCACUUGUUUUUACAGAGACCCAGAUCGAGGUUUUCAAGGUUCUUGAUUUUGAAGAAGCUUGACUAUCUCUUAUGGAUUUGCACUGUGGCUGUGUUCCUCUUCUUUGUGGUUCUUUUCCAAAUGUUCUUGCCUGGUUCUGUGGUGGAGAAGUCUGGGAGUUUGUUGCAGAAGAAGAAUGUGGAGCUGGAUUAUGGAGAUUUGAGGUUUGUGAAAGAGUUGGGGUUAUUGGAUUUUGGGGAAGAUAUAAGAUUUGAGCCUUCAAAGCUUUUGGAGAAGUUUAGGAAAGAAGGUAGAGAGGCUAGUUUGUCUUCUGGUUUCAAUAGGACUCUGCAGCAUUUUGGGCUCAGAAAACCCCAGCUUGCAUUGGUUUUCGCAGAUCUGUUGUUUGAUUCGCACCAGCUACAGAUGGUGACUGUGGCAGCUGCUUUACAGGAGAUUGGAUAUGAAUUAUGGGUAUAUUCACUUGAAGAUGGUCCUGCACGUGGCGCUUGGAAAAGUUUAGGAGUUCCGGUUACCAUUAUCCAAACGUGUGAUCAGCCAAAGAUUGUUGUAGAUUGGCUAAAUUACAAUGGCAUACUUGUGAGCUCUCUUGAAGCCAAAGGCAUCUUUUCUUGUUUUGUUCAGGAACCUUUCAAGUCUUUACCUGUCAUAUGGACAAUCCAUGAAGAAGCGCUUGCCACUCGAUCAAGAAAAUACUCUUCAAGUAGCCAGAUUGAACUUUUAAAUGAUUGGAAAAGAGUCUUCAACCGAUCUACUGUUGUUGUCUUCCCAAAUUAUUUCCUUCCGAUGAUUUACUCCACACUUGAUGCCGGGAACUUUUUUGUUAUUCCUGGUUCUCCUGCUGAAGCUUGCAAGACAGAUUCAGAUUCUAUCGUGGCUUUAGACAUAGACAAUCUGCAGGGCUCCGCUGGUAAUGAGCCUGAGAAUGUUGUAAUUACAAUUGUGGGAAGCAAAUUUCUGUACAGGGGCCUGUGGCUGGAACAUUCCAUUGUUCUGCGAGCUUUACUGCCACUUCUUGAGGACUUUUUGUUGGAUAAUAAUUCCUCUCAUCUCAAAAUCAUUGUUUUGAGCGGAGACUCAACAAGUAACUAUAGUUCUGUGGUUGAGGCUAUUGCUUACAACUUGAAGUACCCAAGUGGCAUUGUGAAGCAUGCAGCAAUCGAUGUGGAUGCAGACAAUGUUCUAAGCACAUCCCACCUCGUGAUAUAUGGAUCCUUCCUUGAAGAGCAAUCGUUUCCAGACAUUUUAAUCAAAGCCAUGUGCCUUGGGAAAACAGUGGUUGCCCCAGAUCUCUCCAUGAUCAGCAAAUAUGUUGAUGAUAGGGUGAAUGGCUAUCUUUACCCGAGGGAAAAUAUCAGGGUUCUUUCACAAAUCAUAUUACAAGUGAUUCCAAAAGGAAAGCUAUCACCUCUAUCUCGAAACAUUGCCUCGUUGGGGAAACGUACCGCAAAAAGCCUGAUGGUGGCGGAAACUGUUGAAGGAUACGCUUCACUUCUCGAAAAUGUUCUCAAGCUUCCAUCAGAAGUUUCACAACCUAAGGCUGCUUCAGAAAUCACUCCCAAAUGGAAAGAAAAAUGGCUAUGGAAUUUGUUUGAAGCAGUAUCAAAUUCAUCAUAUCUGGAUAGAAAUUUGAGAAGCUACACAUUUUUAGAUGCUUUUGAGGAGCAGUAUAAUCAUACUGAACAACAGAAGCUUAAUUCUAUACCUGGGACCAAUUAUUCAUUUAUAUACAGCAUAUGGGAGGAAGAGAAGAAUGCUGAGAUGGCUAAUAUGAAGAGAAGAAAAGAGGGAGAGCUGUUAAAGGAUAGAACUGAUCAAUAUCAUGGAACAUGGGAAGAAGUAUAUCGAAAUGCCAAAAAAGCUGAUCGUACCAGGAAUGAUUUGCAUGAAAGGGAUGAAGGGGAGAUUGAAAGGACAGGCCAACCAUUGUGCAUAUAUGAACCUUACUUUGGGGAAGGGACCUGGCCUUUCUUACACCGGACCUCUCUAUAUCGAGGAAUUGGGUUGUCCUCUAAAGGUCGAAGGCCUAGGACUGAUGAUAUUGACGCACCUUCUCGCCUUCCACUUCUUCAUAACCCUUAUUAUCGAGAUCUGCUUGGUGAAUAUGGAGCCUUCUUUUCUAUUGCCAACAGAAUUGACCGUAUACAUAAAAAUGCAUGGAUAGGCUUUCAGUCAUGGAGGACAACAGCAAGGAAGGCAUCUUUGUCUGGAAUAGCUGAAAAUGCAUUGUUAAAUGCUAUUCAAACAAAAAGGCAUGGAGAUGCACUCUACUUUUGGGUUAGCAUGGACAAUGAUACACGAAAUCCCCUGGGACAAGACUUUUGGUCAUUCUGCGAUGCUAUAAAUGCUGGAAACUGCAAGUUUGCGGUUGCUGAAGCCCUUAAAAGGAUGUAUGGUUUGAAGUACAAUUUGGAUUCUUUACCACCAAUGCCUGUAGAUGGGGACACGUGGUCUGUCAUGCACAGCUGGGCUUUGCCGACUCGGUCCUUCCUAGAGUUUGUAAUGUUUUCUAGAAUGUUUGUGGAUGCAUUGGAUGCUGAAAUGUAUAACGAGCAUCAUUCAAGUGGACACUGUUAUUUGAGUUUGUCAAAAGACAAACAUUGCUAUUCACGGCUUCUUGAGCUACUGGUAAAUGUUUGGGCAUACCACAGUGCCAGGCGGAUGGUAUAUGUGAACCCUGAGACUGGUGCAAUGCUGGAACAACAUAAGUUCAAGAGCCGCAGGGGUCAUAUGUGGGUCAAAUGGUUCUCGGAUUCCACCCUAAAGAGCAUGGAUGAAGAGUUGGCCGAGGAAUCAGACAUCGAACAACCCACGAGGCGGUGGCUGUGGCCAUCAACAGGAGAGGUCUUUUGGCAAGGUAUGUAUGAAAAAGAGAGACAUUUACGGAAUAAGCAGAAAGAGAGGAAGAAGCAAAAAAGUAGGGAAAAAAUAGAAAGAAUAAAGAGACGGACUCACCAGAAAGCAAUUGGAAAGUAUGUAAAGCCCCCACCAGAAGCAGCAGAUAGUUUAAACACGACGAUGGUUACAACUAUUUAGUAAUCAAAUUGACUUUCAUUGAUUAGGAUCUGUUGAAGUAGAAGCUCAUUCAAUCAUUCUUUUUUGCCAUCUGAUUUUUAAUUUUUUUGUGAGGGAGGGUGCACAUAGCUGCAAUCUGUAUGUGAGGCUUUUGUAUGUAAAAAUUGC